GCCAAUGAACUAACCUCAGCUCUACACUGUAUAUAGAAAGAGAAGAAGAAGAAGAGAAAUAAUUAAUAAUGGAAGCUGCUAAUAAGAGCAGCAGCAGCAGCAGCAGGAGGGAAAAGGAAGAAGAAGAAGAGAAAGAUCAUAAUAAAGAAACUCUCAAGAGAAGAAUCUCAAACCAUCCUUUGUACGGCCUCUUGAUGGAGAGUCACAUGGGCUGCUUAAAGUUGGGAAGCAUUCCGAGUGCAGAAAGAGAUGAAGAUCAAGAGCUUAAUUAUAAGCAAGAUGAUGAAAGCAAGCCCAGUAAUAGCCUGCAUAAUCUUUCAGAGCUUGACCAUUUCAUGGAAGCAUACUGCUUGGCAUUGGGCAAGCUGAAAGAAGCCAUGGAAGAACCUCAACAAGAAACCCUAGCAUUCCUCAACACCAUGCAUUCACAGCUUAGGGAGCUCACAACAACCACCGGUCCUCCACCUCCUCAUACAUCUUCCGGGGAAAGUGAUUACUAGUGAUAUGAAAUAAACCACCAAAAAUGACUUUGGUUUAUUCAAUGUGCUUACUAUAUAUACAUUGAGUACCUAAUAUGUGCAAUGUGUAGUAGUAGUUUUGUUUUCAAUUUGUCCUUGAACUGGCACACUAUAACCGAUAUUGAAUGAGUGUCUGUGAAAUUAAUUUCAU